AUGCUCUACCGACUCGUAUUCCGUGCUCGCACCUACUCGCGUGGCUCUACAAAGGCGAAAACUGCUGGAAUUGUUGCUCGUGAUCAAGUGUCAGUGCACGUUCUACGUGGGGGUAUCACGCGCAUCCAGUUCCCACGAGUCCGCAAAGACACAGGCGAGUCGUUCGAGUACGAAGCGGGUCAGUACGCGUUCCUGUGGAUCCCGACGAUUUCGUCUCUCGAGUGGCACCCAUUCACGAUCUCGUCGUCCCCCAGUGAGGCGAUGGUUACCUUCCACAUCAAGGGCCUCGGAGACUGGACGAAUAAACUCAUGACCGCUGCAUCCGACGCGACAGAUACGUCUCCGUUUGACAUCCUUCUCGACGGAUCGUACGGCAACGUCUCCAUGGAGAUCGAAAGCUCUUUGGUCUACUCGCACUACGCUCUCUUCUCCGGUGGCAUUGGCGUGACCCCCAUGCGAUCCAUUCACCACGAGGGCUACCGCCCCGACAUCAAGAACGUCCACUUUGUCUGGUCUGUGCGGGACCGCGACCUCAUUCAAGUGCUGACGGACGACACGGACCUUCAUUACGAUGUGGGCGGUACGACAUCCUACAUCCCUGAGCGAAUCCAAGACGCAGCUACGCAGAAUGACCCUACUAGCACGUUCUUCAGCGAGUUCUACCUGACGCGAGGCGAGAGGGAUGUGGAGGCCCAGCUGGAUCACCAACUCCGUAGCUGUCUCAGGUAUGGCUCUCGUCCUCACACGGCUAACAUCCUCCGAGCCAUGGGGGAAAAGGCGAAGGCAGCGGGCAACUCGCGAGUGGCGGUUCUAGUUUGCGGGCCUAAGCCACUGGUGGACGGCGUCGUGACGGCCAGCUUGACGCUCUCGAAGGAGAUGGACAUCAGCUUUGACAUUCACAAGGAACUCUUCGACUUUUAA